AUGAUAAGAAUCCCCAAAUUGCUACUAUUCAAGAAUGAGUCGUCUACAAAAUCAAUAACACCAUAUUUAGCCAAACCAUUUCUCAACAUAAAUUUUUUGAAUAAUGACGAUAUUCCUUUUUGGCUUGAUUCUGAAUAUAUCAAAAAGGGGAAUACAAUUUUCAGUUCCAAAAUUAUUGCAUACCCCGUUUAUGUAGCUCAAACAAUUCAUAAGUAUAAACCAUUGAACAUUCCUCAGAUUGCCAUUUUUGGACGAUCAAAUGUGGGGAAAUCGAGUUUAAUAAAUGCCCUGAUGAACUAUAGGGAAGUUGCUCAAGCAUCAAAAACGCCAGGUAGAACGAGACAUUUAUUUAUUUACAACUUGCUAAAUCAUAUAUCCGUUGUAGAUUUACCAGGAUAUGGUUUUGCAAAAGUUUCGAAAGAACUUCGAGAUAAUUGGUCGAUACUUAUAGAAGAAUAUUUAAAUAAAGCAAAAAAUUUAAAGAGAGCUUUAUGUUUAAUUGAAUGUACAGAAUUAUUUACACCUUAUGAUUAUGUUUUAUUGGACAUGUUCAUAAUGAAAAAUAUUCCUUUUCAAAUUAUAGUUACAAAAAUAGAUAAACUAAAGGCUGAAGAAUUGCAUCAUGCAAUGAUAAAAAUAAUUUCAACAAUCGAAAAUUAUAAGAAAAAAGUAAAAGUGUUUAAUGAAAAUAAACAUAAAAAAGGUAACACUUUUAAGAAGGAAAAUUGUGAAUUCAAUAUAAAUGAAUAUUUAUUUAAUGUUUCAAGUUUAAAACGUUUUGGAAUUCAAGAGUUAAGAGCAAAUUUAAGUUUAAUAGCUUUAGAUAAUGCAAAAAUUAAGCAAUGA